GUGGCCGUGGACGUUGAAGCAUUCUAGAGUUCUUUCCGCCGCUCCCAGCAACCAUCCGUUUCCAACGACUUUUGUUGCUCAUUUACCCAUUGGCAAACUCGAUGGUCUAGCCAGCGAAAAAGAUGCCGAAAGAACUAGCUGCGUACCACUGUCUCUUAUACUGCUAGAACAGGUAGCGCCCACGGACGACUCGGCGGCCGAAUUUUGCGAAAGCCACGGCAGAACCGCACUGCGCGACGAUCCUUGCGACCACUGCGUCCCUCUCGAAAAAAAGCUCCAGCACGACCAACAUGCUGCGUCGCGGAGUGAGACGGUUUAACUGGCACGGGCUCCAGGAGUUUGCGACCCGCGACGCCGAUGUCGCUGCUUUUCGGGUGGCGAAAAUGGCAGAUGCGCACACUUCCGAGGUUGUGUCUACCAGUACGAGUACGCCGGCUGACAAGAUCGACUGGGCAAAAUACACGUCGUCUAUUCAGCACCAGGAUCUGGUGCAAAACUUGAAGGCCUACCAUGACGAGCAGCUGAAAAUGCUGGAUGGCUUGUUGGCCGAAGAUCACACAACAGCGGUUGCCAAGGACUGCAGACCAAAGAGCUGGGACGUAUUCUUGUUUCAUGAGCUUUUUAUUGUUCUUCUUCUUCUUGUGACAAAAGUAUACAGAUACAGAUUGAUAAUGGUCAGCUUUCCUGCCGUGCUACAACAUAGGCACACCUCAUUGUCAUUGUGUGUACGCAACAUACAAACAACAGCAGGAACACCAUCGCGAGUAAUGUUAUUCUGCACGCUAUAGUGACUGCUGUAAUUACAUAGCCAUGACACCGUGGUGUGUAACGUCAUUCAGGAUUCUAUGCUGACGCUUUGAUUAUAAUUAUCAGCCAAAAUAUGUACAUAAAGCCCCACACUUAAAAACACACCAGGCCGUCUACGAGGGUGCAGUGGCUGCAGCGCACAAAAGCGUGCAGAAAUCCGAGGAGAUCGUGGCAAACGGCGCAAAAGCGCUGUAUAUCAGCUACAACAACCCGCCAAUAAACACGGUCUCGACGCAGGAGUGGCUCGAUGUCGAUCAGUAUUGGCAGGCGUUUGUGGAAAAGCAUCACUACUACCACAAUCACUUGGACUGCGCGACGGAAGACCCAGAGUCGAAAGAAUACGACGAGAAAGUCAAAUCAGGUAUAUCAUGUGAAGAUCUUCUAGGUGAAUUAUUCGAACAUCAAACACAAUAAACUGAAACUCGAUGAUGUAAUUCUUGCAAGACAGAAGCGCUCCAGAACACCAUAAUCAUGAUUCGCAAGGAGGUGCAUGAUGUGACGAUACAAUUAAACUACAUAAAGACCGUUUGAAAAACAAAACCGCACACCCCCAUACGACCCACCAGAUAUGAUGAAGAAUUUCAAGCUUCACGACGAGUCGCACCCGCGCACGAAGCUUCUCUACCAGCGCCCCAGCUACGAGUACUACAGCUAUUUCAAAGGCUAUGGAUGUGUCAGGUUUGAAAUCGUCAAAGUUGAAAUAACUUGUCAUGCAUAAAACGGAUACCGGUUAGACCUACAGUUUGUUGUCGGUGCAUGACAAAUUUUCCCGGUCCUGGAAAAGAGUCUGUCAUGCGGUUUAGGGCAAAAGAGCUGCCUUCUGUCAUGCUAGUUAGCAGUCCAACUUUUGACCCUUGCCAGGACUAUAACCUGCCUCACGUGGGUCCUCUGCAAUAGAGUCACUCUUUGUGUCGCAUUUUAUGCAUUACAAAUUAUUUCAACUUUAACGAUUUCAAACCUGACGCUUCCAUGAAGGCGUCUUCGUGGAGCACAUGAUCUACUACCUCACCAAGACCGGCGGCGACGCCCGGGUGUUCCCGGAGACUAUGCUAUCCAGGAAAAAUGGCCCAUCGCCAUCCAUUUUUUACAUGACAAACACUGGACUUUAUGCACCAUGUACAUGUUGUACAUGACAAAUUAGAUGGGGAUCAUGGGUCUUUUUUUGUGGAUACAUGCCCCACAGCUGGUACAACGACAUCUACGAGAAGAAGUUCAAAUGUUUGGAACUCUUGCAGAAGCGCAGAAGAGCCCUGCAGGAGUACAAGCUAUUGCGGGAGUAUGGAGAGAAAAAAGUUUGUCACAGUCACUAAGUUGCAGCUUUUGCAUUACAAACUUUUUUUGCGUCACAGCUUCUCCUUGUAUUGCAGAAACACUAGGGAAAUUCCUUAUGAAGUGUGGCUGUGAUGCAUUUUUACGCAUGACAGAAAGUUUUGUCUUGCAAAAAUGCCCAUGAGUGAUCGUGACGAACUUUUUUCUUUUGAUAGGGAGUUAGAUUUGGAAUUCUGUCCGCACGAUCUGGUGGGCGGAGGCGAGGCGUAUUACAGCAAGAUGAUCGGAUAUCAAACAAAAAAAGUUCGUCACGAUCACUCAUGCGCAUUUUUGCAAUACAAAAUUGGCUGUCAUGCGUAAAAAUGCAUGACAGCCAAGCUUCAUAGGGGAUUUCCCUAGUGUUUCUGCAAUACAAGGAAAACUUGUGAUGCUAAAAAAAUUUGUAAUGCAAAACCUGCAAGUUCGUGACUGUGAUAAACUUUUUUCUUUCCAUAUCGGAAAGGAGAAUUCGUACGUGGAGAUGCAGGUACAUGUGAAAUAGACGCGGUUCAGUAAGUGAGUAGCUUUAGUUUCGCACUUGGUUUUGGUUGGUGUUGGUCUCGGUUGUACUUAUAAUCAUUAGCUGCACGACUCGAUGAUCUUUAUGUUCGUUGCCCCACGAUGCUUUUACGAAACUUUACCGCUGUACGAGCCGCACGCGAGACGGAAUGUUCAUCGGGCUCUAACAUUGUAAAACCCACAUCAGGUUGCUCGUCUGAUGUCAGACUACAUGUUCCUCAGCGAAGGCAUUCCUGUGCAAUCCGCGGCACAACUGGAUGCCGUGACCAAAGCGGGCGGGAAGGGGAAGCUCUACUCGAUUGGAGAUGAUGUCAACGCGUUCUUUUACGUCCGAGGAGAUGCUAACCAGAUCCAACCGGCGGAGGCUGGAAAGACCUACCUGUUGCAAGCGGGCGAAACCAUGCAUCCGCUUUAUUCGGUAAUGGUCACGGAGUUCUGUGAAAUGUUGGAGCAGCGGAAAUCGGCGCUUGGAGGUAUAUAUAAAUACCUGAAGAUAAUCCUUCUUCUUUAGUACGUACAUCGUAGCAUGCGGAGUAACUUUACUCUGCAUGCUGCGAUGGAUGCAAAUUUUCACCCGUCAGCUCACGGGUUGCAGUAGCAUGCUGUAUAACCUUAUCCAGCACGGCAUAAAAGCCGAACAACUAAAGUGUAUGCUAAUGCUUUCAAUUCGGUAUGGAUAUCGUUAUCGAAGAGCAAAAUCAAUGUCUUGACGCACCAUGUUGGUGUUUGGGUUUGUGAUGCGCUCGCCGCUGGGAAGAUUGUCUUACCCGCCAAUGUCUUCAGUGUAAUAAAGGAGGAUCAAAGAAGAUAAAGCCAUCUAUUUUUGCCUUUGUUCACAAAGUUUAAACUCCAAAAAAUUUCUUCCCGACGAGGUUCUUGGUUCAACCUGCCCGACGAGCCCGUGGCGGACGCUUUUCUGCGGCGACUCAAGCCGGACGGCCCCAUGAGACCGGUCUACACCCAGUACAUCGAGGAAAUGAAGGCAAAAUGGGAGCAGAAGGUGGAGAUCUCCCUGGAGGACGCAAAGAAAAAGAUCGCGGCAAUCGAGACGGCUGCGGCGGAGGACACCGUGGCCUUUUGCAAGGAAUACGCCGGCGAGGAAGGGCUAGACUCGGUGUUUUUGGCGGACCCCGCGAAGGAGGCCGAGGUGAAACAGGCGAUCAGUGCGAUGCCGAAGUAGAUGGUGACGGAUGUAGUUUUCACAUCCAAUCAGGGUGCUCCUGCUCCUUCAUUACGCUACAGCAACAGCUGACACAACAACGAACUCGAACUCGAGUGGAACACAUUGCACGACGAAUCGCGGCUAGUUUGUUCUUGCGGUGAGCUGCAAUCUUCAGCUUUCGCGUGAAUGUCGAACGAAGUAUAGAAGAGUCCUCUAAGCGUAAGCACUGCAU